AUGCUGGCUGGGGCGCGCGCUCUGGUGGACUUGGGCGCGCUCGCUACGGCUGGCUGGGGGGCGCGCACGUGCGCUGCUGGCCUGUGCACGCCGUUGCUGUUGGCUGGGGCGCGUGCUGCUGGCCUACGGCGGGGCGCGUACUGGCGGUGCGCGCGCUGCCUACUGGCGAGGCGCGCGCUGCUGCUGGCGGUCUGCGCGCUGCCUACGGGCGGGGUGCGUGCUGCCUGUGGGGGCGUGCUGCCUGCUGCUGGCGCUCGCAUCAGGACGAGUCUGCUGCUGGCGCUCGCAGCAGGACGGGGCACGCUGCUGGGCGGCGUGCUUUCUAGCACGCUGUUCUUGCUAGUGCGCGCUGGUCUAGAUGCUGGCUGGCUGGUGGCAAGGGCUGGCGCUACUGGCUGGCAGGCGGAGAUGGAGGGAACGAGGCAAGUUGGCCGACAGAGGCACUAG